ACUUUGAUGAUUUACAUUUCCUGAGGUAUGUUUGGGUCCGGUUCAGUCUGUCAUUAGCGUUUCCCAUGUGGCUAUGGUCCUCAGAAAUAUGACCAAGGUGUUUCUACGGAUCACAUUGAUUACCUGUCUUGUACUUGGCAAGGCUUCAGCAGCUGAGUCAUGCGCCUCAAUACCGAAAUGCGUGUGUGAGUUUCCGGAUGGAACAAAGUUGCCGAUAGAACCGAACAUGGAGGGGAAUGAAGCGCUAGCGGGAACAGUGGGGGCCCUCAGUUCCUUAAUUGCAACUGGAAGUGGGUUUGGAAUAUGGUAUCUUUGCAAAAAGCGAAGUCUAUUUGGAAAAUUUGGGAGAUCUUCGUCGAAUCUUUCUGACCAAUCUUUUGGGAAGGAUGGUUAUGAUCCGAAAAAUCCUCCGCCUUAUUCAGAGUUUCCAAGAAAACGACCGGAAACAGUUUCUACUUUGAGUCAGGACUAUCCCCGACCGGAAUCAGUGCGGACUACGAACGUGUACAGAACGCCGGAUGCUAUCAACAUGAAAGAAAUCGGGAAUCGUUUGUCGUCAGGUCAUUACCACGGGGCAAGGAGUGACUGGAUGUAGCCAGGACCAGAUAGAAGAGCACAUAACAUCAUGAAGUUGGAGAAGUCGUCGAACUCACAGUAACAGUGUAUCCGAAAAUAUAUUUUGAGAAAAGUUGCAAUUACUGGAUUCCAUCCUCGUAUUUGACCAAAAUACGAGAAGAUAUUAAAAUAAAACGAAACAGGCUACUUAGACUACAAUUACGGUUUUAAUGAAGGAAAAUUAAUACAUGCCAUCUUAACAUUUUCUGUGUUGACGGAAGUCGGACGACAUUAUGUUUUCAGUAUUCUAAACAAAAAGAAUAAGUGAUGUUUAAAACUUUUUUUUGUCGAUCUAAUUCAUUAAGUAAUAUUGGAAUCCAUUAACGGUUAAACAGCAAUCGAUUUGGGAAGUUUGCUGCAUUUAUAUCGACUUCUCUAUCGUCGUCUGUUUUCUUGUGUUUGGCGGAAUUAAAAUAAAACUGACACAAACAGGGACUUCAGACUUCGAUAUUUGUGUUUGGCUGUAUUCCUAACACAACCAGGGACUUUAGACUUCGAUAUUUGUGUUUGGCUGUAUUACUAUAAAAUAACACUAACAGGGACUUUAGACUUCGAUAUUUGUGUUUGGCUGUAUUACUAUAAAAUAACACUAACAGGGACUUCAGACUUCGAUAUUUGUCGUAUCUACGUUUUCUUCGAAAUAACAUCUCAGUGACAGUCGAGAUAAUGGAUAACAUAAAAUGGCGCGUGUUUGUGUGUAUCGGCACUUUUUGUUAAAUAUCUUGUAUUUAUUUAUUGAUUAUUUCUGUUUCUCAAUAACAUACAUUAAUAAAGUGUGACGACAAGUUAUAUGAUAUUAUAUCUGUAAUUAGAAAAGAUAAAUAUCAAUAUUCAAUGUUUUAUUCGUGUGAAGUUUUCGACCAUAGUGACUACUGAUAGUUGCUCAAAGUAAUAUAUAUACUUAUCUUAUAUCUUAUAUAUAUUAUAUGUGAUGGGAUGUCACAAUUUAUGAAAAUCACUGCAACCAAUAAAAAUGAUUGUUUUUCGCUGUU